GUCGAUACUCAAAGCUCAAACAUUCAUUUGCAGUCGUAUUUUUACUUUUUACCUGUAUGUAUGUGACUAUAGUUGUAAAAAUUUGCUGUCACGAGAAUUAGCAAACGUUUCAUUGUUCCUUCAUAAGGGAGGGGUCAUUUUAAAAAAAUUUUGCACCAAGCAAUUAACAAAAUGAUUCUCGAAAAGGUUAUUAGUGGUAACAUUUUCCGGAAAGUUAGACAGUUAGAAUCUCUUGCUAAAACUAAUGUAUUUUCAAACUCUUGCAAACCACCUCAGUUUGCUAGAUCAUUAACAAGUUUAUCUGGUAUUAAUCGAUGUUUAAAUUCUAAUGCAAUAUAUAAUGGUGGUAAUCGUUUUCUGACAAAGUUCCCAAAGGUAACAGCUGGUGCAUUACAACAAAGUCGUAAUGCGGCUACCACGGGUGAUCAUGUACGACUAUGGAUUAUUGAAAGAGUAGUAUCUGUGGCACUGCCAAUUAUAAUUCCUGCUGCUUUAAUAAUGGAAAAUUCAAUCCUUGAUGCUGUUAUGUCUAUAUUAGUUGUAAUGCAUGCUCAUUGGGGUUUAGAAGCUGUUAUCGUGGACUAUGCCCGUCCCAUUGUUGUAGGACCAGUACUACCAAAGGUUUUGCAUAUCGCAUUGAUUUUGCUUUCUGCAGGAACUCUGGCUGGUUUACUUGUACUGAUACAUAAUGGUCCAGGCGUUUCAACAGCUGUUAAGAAUUUCUGGGCAAUUGGUAAACCCAAAGAAAAAACAACAACACCAUCAUAGUAAUUAUCAUUGCCAGCUUUAUUUAGGCUAAUUUAGGACCCUAUAAUUUAAUAUCUUGUAAUGUAUACAAAAAUAAAUUAUAUAUCUUCAAAUCUCA